AUGAAUAAACUCUCAGCGAGGGUCUCUCCCUGCUCCGCUCCCACCCCUGCCACCCUGCACCCGCCCACACUUGCAGAAGGUGCGGAUCCUCAGAAGGACAUCAGGACAGACAGUGAGGUCAGAGAUCAGCCGGUCCGCUCAUGCUGCUCUCGCUGCCCGCUGAAGGUCUUGCUGCGGCAGACCACUGGCCUGCUGCUGGCCAGCUGUGUGUCGGCCGCUUGGGUGUGGGCAGCUCACAGUGCCAAACAAACGCUGACCCGUCUGCACGCUCCCUUCUUCAUCAUCUGGUUCUGCGGCAUCUGGAACCUCCUGUUCUUCCCUCUGUAUUACCUGGGACACCUGCUGGGGUCAGAGCGGAGAGAGUGGCCCAGCGUCCAGCUGAGGAAGUGCAGCAGGUUUCUGGGUGACGGAGAUCUGACGCUGAGGCUGGUGCUGAAGGGUGCAGCUCCGUUCUCUCUGCUUUGGAGUGUUUCAGGGUAUCUUCACCUGCUGUCCCUCUGCAGGAUCUCCAUCAGCGACAGCAGCGCGGUGCUCUGCUGCAGCCACGCCUUCGCCUUCCUGCUCAGCUGGAUCGGACUGAAGGACCGCUUCAUGGGCGUCAGGAUAGUGGCCGCUAUCCUUUCCAUCACUGGUAUUGUCAUGCUGGCCUAUGCUGAUGGUUUCCAUAGCAACUCGAUCACAGGGGUGGCUCUGGGAGUCGGGUCAGCUUCCACCUUGGCCUUCUACAAGGUGUUGUUUAGGAAGCGUGUGUGCGAGGCCGGACCCGGCGGUGUGUGUGUGCUGCUGUCCUGUGUAGGUGUGUGUAAUCUACUGCUGCACUCGUGGCUGUGUGUGUUACUGUACCUCACACACACAGAGUACUGGAGCCCAACACAGCAGAGCGUCCCCUGGAGCUCCCUCUGCACCACCGCCGCCCUGCUGCUCUUGUUUAACGUUCUGGUGAAUUUGGGUGGAGUGGUCAGUUACCCUGCGCUGAUUUCACUCGGCAUCCUCCUCACCAUCCCGGCCAGCGCAGCUGCAGACUGGUAUAUGUCGGUCACUCUGGUGGUCAGUAAUGUGCGUGGGGCAGCAUUUGGGAUCAUCUCUGCUGGGUUCCUGCUGCUCCUGCUGCCAGAGGACUGGGACGAGCGAGCGCUGCGCUGGUUUGGGACGCUGUGGCAUGACCGGGACGAGUCAGUGCUGGGGGAGGACUGGGGGGCGGACACACCCAGACCCAAACCCAAACCGGCCGGAGUGGCAGCGCUGCCCUGAGCUCCGGUCUGCUCUCACUGCACACUCUUAUUGACCAUUAGAUUAGGACUGUUAGAUUAUUAUAUAAAAGAGGUGUAAACGUGAUUCACCUGUAUUGAUUUUGGAUUGUUUAUUACUGACUGUAAUCAAUAGAGGUGUGUAGAGUGUCUACGAACCCAGAACUCCAGAAUUAGCUCCAAAACCAAAGAAGUUCAGUUCCUCUGCUCAUACAUGCUGGAUGUUCUGAGAAGUUCCACUGCAGUUCUACAGGGAAACUCAGUAGGUUCUAUUUCUGGAUCUUUUGCACAAAAAUUAAAUGCUAAAGCUCCAAAGUGAGAGGAGUGAUCAGUAGUACAGCAGAGUGGGAGCUGAAACAACACCCAACAAGAGAAAUAUCUAAAUAUUAAAUGGGGAGUGACAUCCAUU